AUGUCUGUCCCGGCGCACUCAACACAUCCGUACCUCUCUGCCCCUCCAAUCACUCCAACGCUUUCCUACGACUCUCGACCAGACGGUUCAGCCUUGAUCAACAAGCAGCAGCUUCAGAACCAUUCGGACUUGCCGGAUUCUUCUAGGACCGCUCCUUUCCGGGACGGCCUGCCAACCCCGCCAAGCGAUAUGAAUGGCGUCGCCUACACCAACGUCCACCAUUAUGGAGGUAAACCGGAUCCAUACGCUGUCUCGGUCUACAGCAAAGGCCCCGCCUAUCAUCCGCGGAUGAGCACCGACAUCUUCACUCGAAUGAUCCAGCAGACUCAACCGCAAUCCCAGCCGCCGAGCAAACAAGCACCUCCGUCGGCGAACGACCAUGCAAAGGAGAAAGAUACCAGACCUUCAUAUCUACAAGUUCCUUCCUCAAUCAAUGGCGGAAAAGGAAACCUACCGGACUUUGCAGCUCAGAUGACGUGCUUGUUUUGGUUCGAGAGCACGCCAAAGUUGAGGGCAAUUGAGGAACAGUCGAGUCACGGUCUCUCCCUUUCUCCUGAAGCAAUUCCAACUGUCGGGUUCCAGAAGUGGGUGUCGACCAUCCUUUCGACGACUCAAGUAAGCCAGAACGUCAUUCUGCUGGCACUUCUCUUCAUUUACCGCUUGAAAAAGUCCAACCCGGCUGUUCGUGGGAAGAAGGGCAGCGAGUAUCGGCUGAUGACGGUUGCACUCAUGCUGGGCAAUAAAUUCCUUGAUGAUAACACUUAUACGAACAAAACGUGGGCAGAUGUGUCGAGGAUCACAGUUCAAGAAAUCCAUGUUAUGGAGGUAGAAUUUCUGAGCAACCUGCGGUACAAUCUUUACGCAUCUGAGAAGGAAUGGGCGCAGUGGCAUGUCAAGUUGUCACUCUUUGCGGACUUCUUCAACAACGCUCCUCUUGCUUCGGAUCAUCACGAUCUCCCAACACCCCCAGUCCGUCUUCUCUCACCAAACUCUGGAUCGACACGGAGUCAGGUGUCACCGACUUCAUUCUCCAGGCUACCGUCGCCUACGGCUGAGCCCCUCCAACCGCAAUCCUGGGCUCCUGUCAAUGGACCAUCAUAUGAUGCCGUUGGCCAAGCUGCUAGCCAGAUGCCCACCGCUAGCUCUCGAAAGCGGCGUUACGAAGAACAUUUUGAGGAACAGCAUCCGCACAAGAGAGUCGCUCUACCCCAUGCCAUGCCGCUUUCAUCUUCAACCCUACCCCCAGCGAGUCAGAUAGGCGUUCCGGCUUUGCCGCCAAUGAUGGCCCCUACGUCAGCACCGCCCCAGCAAACCAUCCCUGGGCCUGCUCCACGGCUGCCAUCCAGCCACGCGUUUGUUCCGAAUGUUCCGGCCUCGAUCCCUCAACUCUCCGCUGUGCCUGCUCGCCCGACUAUGCCUCCUGUCUACAACCCGACCAACUGGGCCCCGCAAAUCCCAGCGUCGACUGCGCCGCAGCCUUUGGUCAACGGCGUGCUGACUCCGGCGUUGCCACUGCCUGAUCCUUCAAGGCACAACAGCAGCCCGUAUCCUGCAACUUCGGCCCCUAUCUCUUCAGCUGUGUCUGCAUAUGGUGUCCACACCCCCACGACCCAUCUCUCCCCCUCCUAUUUUCUGGCGAACAGGAACUCUCCGUACCGCCCGGUCCGAAGCGUCAACACCCUGCUGAUACCUCCACCAUCAGCUUCCCUCGAGCAACAGCGCGCCAUCCCUUUCCACCAUAUGCAUUACCAGCCGCUGGGCAAGUCGACGGAACGCCGAACCGGCUUGCUGCCCUACCUUCAUCAUGACGCGUGGCCACAAGGGCCCUACAUCCCUCCCAGCUUCCAUCAUACACCCCAUUAUGCACCCUGA